GUCGGCUAAGAAAAGUUUGUCGCUCAAAGCCAAGUGACGAGUCCCGUGACAUAAAGAAGGGGAAUUGUACAUCCCCGCAUUUCCUUUCGCUUUAAAUUGAAUUUUUAGACUGAUCUCGUUAUUUAUAAAGAAUAAUAGUGAUACUGUUCGUUGUGUGUUUGUGAUAAUUCGUAUUCUAAGAGAGAGACUGUGCAUGCAUAUGGCGGUGAUGCCUGUUACAAAACAAGAUUUUGUCUCGUUGGAACCGUUUGUUCAUCAAGUCGGAGGGCAUUCCUCCAUGAUGAAAUUUGACGAUGUUUCUGUCUGUAAGCCUCUGUAUCAACGAGAGCAUCGCUUUUAUGAGGAACUUCCCCCAGAAAUGCAUCCUUUCACUCCGGAGUAUCGAGGUAAGCCAAGUUCUCAACAACUGUUUUUAUCGUCCUCACGCAUAUAGAAAUUUGAAUUUUCAAACGUUAGUGGUUAUCUCUUGUGUUUCUUCUAAUCCCCAUUAUAUGUUCUCUAUUCUCAAUUUUUCUUUUAAACAUGGUUGUCGUCUAUUAUUGUCCAGAUUUUGUCGUUCUAACCAUGAAGACAUUUGCGACAAUACUUGAGUUGAGAUCGAUGUAUUGAUGUCGAUAGGAUAUAGGACCGAAACAUACAGUGCAGUUCAGCCACAUUGUUGUAAUGCUGCCAUAAGCUUGUAUUUGAUCAUCUAAAAAUCUGCAAUGAAUUGGAGAUAGCAAGUGUGUAUUUAAUUGACAGAAAUUACCGUGCUAUCGAUCCGCGGAACAGUGAUACUUUUUUGCCCAGAUGUCGUUAGCUUGCUUUUGUUUUGAUCUUUGUCCUGUCAACAAUUUUUACUCCAUGCCAGAAAGCUACCAGGCAUUUCUUUGCAACAUGAUAAGCAUGUUAGUCAACAUAAGCUCAACCGGUUGAUCAAGACUAUUGCGUUGUUGUAUUUACGUUUUGUGUUCGCAGUAAAAUGCGGCAUUUUUUGCUGCUUAUCGUGGCAACUAAGUUUGCAAUAACGAAGAGAAGUGCGUUGCUGCAGUUUUACUCAACCAUAACUUUGAUUGCUAAUAAUCCUUUCAAUCGUUUUAGUCAGUCAAUCAGUCUUUUGUUCGGUUUUUGCGAUCCUAAAAUCAUCUAAAUUGCCUGCAAGUUGUUGAAAAGAAAAGAAAAAAAAAUGACGGCGCAGAUUCAAGUGUUGGUUGCAAAGCGAUUUUGUUUUGAAUAUUACAUAACAUCGGUGUCUUAAUCAUCCUGAUUUCGACUGAUUCUGCACUAAAUUAUUUCCACGACAUCCUCAAAGCCAACAAGAAAUAGGAUGAAGGACUGUGAAGCUCAAGAAGAUGCUCGUCUAAGCUCGUUUUCCUUCAGAUAGCAAAAUUUUUAUCAACUAGAUCGAUAGGCAUUGAUUUCUCAGUAUAAUUUGAUAUUUUUUCGUGUUUAUGUGCUUAAAAAUAUUACCACCCCUGCAACGAUAGGCUUAUUUAAUUUCUUAUUAAAAUAUAGUUAAUUUGUCAGUUACUUUGCUGGAUUUUUAUAGAAAAACUUUUUCGAAAUUAAUGCAUGGUAUGAACUAAACUGCUCUUGUCUAAAAUAUGUCUUCCUUGCUAAGUUCUCUGGCUGUUGCUGCCAAUCUCACAAAACCUGAGUGAAUGAUUGAGUGACUGAUUGUUUUCCUCGUCACAAAGAAAUAACAAUUAUUGCACAGUCAAGGUUAAUGGAAUUCUUAUUUGUGCGCUGGAUUAUGAGACUCGUGAUUUUGAUAAUCAUUUUGCAAGAUUAUUGAUGAAUUUUUGAAGGAGCGCAGUUGAUUUGAUAUUUCUAGCUGGUAAUGUUUUUCAAGCAAAGAGCGACAGUAUGAUAAUGUCCAACUUGCAACUGUAUUUCAAGCUCAGCUUCGUCAAAGCUUAAACAACCUGAUUCCUUUUUUAAACAUUCUGUUAGUAGGCAUCUUCUUGGCUGUAAAUGUGGGAAAACUUUGUAUACUUGGAUCAGUUUGUUGUAGUUCUGUAGAUAAGAAGAUGAAUGAUGUAAUACCAAAAAAUGCUUGCUACUAGUAUGGAAAAAUUCUUAAAACUUCGUCAAAUGUAGCUCUUUUCAUAUCAUGAAAAAUGUUAUCAGAUAGAUUGAGAUGUAGUCUUCAUGUAAAGGGCCUAAUAAUGUUUUCAGUUUUGUGGUUAUUGACAAUUUUAAUUGUGGUUUCACAAAAUUUUGAGUGGUUUUGUUUCAUUCUAUAUUUUUGAAUAUUUAAGUACACUGUUUGGCAAUAAUUUCUCGGCAGUUUUUCAGUUUCCAGCAGGUCCAAUCACCCACCUCCAUACUGUCUCUGUGUCUUAAAAUAUGAACAUGAUGAUGGAGAUCUGAUUUUCCUUUUGCCUAAAUUAUCCACUCUCCAGUUGAAGAGUUAAUACUACAGGGGUAUGAAUAGUUGAUAUAUGACAUUACGCUGUGUUCAUUGAGUUUCAUGGACUUAGAUAUUUUUUCAUACUCAAAACUACCAAUGCCACUCUUUCCUCACUGCUUUUAGCUCCUCAAUUUUGUAAUUGCUUCUGUUUUUUUCUGUGGUCAGUUCUAGUUAUGUAAAGAUGAAGAUGCAGCAGAAAAUUAAGACGUGAAAACUCUCAAUUACAAUCAAGGCUCAGUUUUGUUAUUUUUCAUUCUUUGAAAUAUCUGACAAGUACUUAAAGUGUAUGAAAUUAAAAUUUAAAUCUUCCAAUAACACAGUUCAGGCUGUUUUGUCUGGCACCAUUUAACUUAUGAUCUAAGAUAUAAGGAUUGGAAUUUGAAAUGCGUACGUGUAACCAGAUGGUUUAACGCAAAUACUGAUUGCAAUGCGUUCUCCCAUGUCUUUGGUCAUUUUUGAAAUUUCCGAAAAGUGACUGCAAGGAAACUAACCUUUCUGCUAUUAGUGUUAAUAUUCUCAAAAACUGAGGAGUAAUCUUUGAAGCAGUGUAUCUUUAUGAAGUAAUGAAACUCUUCCCAAUUUUAGAAAGAUUGUAGUGGAAAAAAUAUUCAAAUUGUGUUCAUGAUAUCCUGUGUUAGUACUACGCACAUGUAAUUAUGACUGUGAUUUAUUGAAAAGCUUGCUGCUCAGGAACUUUGCUGCUACAGCUACUUUGAAGAUUCUUUUACUUGAACUGCUGCGUAGAAGAUGAUUUGUUUUAGAUUGACAAGACACUAAACUUGGGAACAAACAUAAUAUCCUUUCCCACAAUAUCCGCCUGCUGUGAGCAUUCUUAUCAUUUUGCAGGGGUUCAAGACAGGGGGCAUUUAAUAGGCAGAGAGUUAUUGAAAAAAUUUGUUUAUAUCCAAAGUGCAAGUCGUCAUUUUUGUUGUGCAGCGUCACUCAGGUUUAAAGAACACUAUAUGCAUAGAUUUCUGUUUUGGAAAAACCUUUGGUUUUGAACCCUUUAACUCCUAGAGGUAAUCAAAUUGAAACUCCUCCCCAUAAUAUCAUUACAUUAUCCAGAAAAUAGGUAAUGAGAAUAUUCAAACUUAUCCAAAUUCUCAUAUCUAAUUUACAAGGAUAUGUGUAGCAGCUAGAGGGGAGAAUUAACAAUUAGAUCUUGAGAGUUAAAGUGUUAAUUGGGAAAUAGUGCAUGGUUUCAAAUUGAGGUACGUUUUGUUCUGAAAUUCUUCUUAGCCAAAUAUAAUAAUAUUAUGUUCUAACCAUCUGCAGAGCAAUAAAAUAUUUUCCCUUUGCCUUUGUGUUUGUUUAAGUCUACCAAUGAAGAGGGCUUUUGUAGAAUCUACCAGCUCUAGACCAGGCUUUUGAUUUUAUACAAUGAAGCAAUUUUACAUAAUACAAUUACAUCAUUGGGGAACAACUGCAUAAGUUAUUCAGAAAAAAAAAAAAGUAGCACAAUUUGAGAGGAAAAAAACAAUGAGUUUUCAAUUUACAGUGUUCCAAAAAUCAUUAUUAUUUUUAAUUAUUUUCAUUAUUGUUACUUUUCUGUAUUAGGGCUAGAACACAAGUAAAAUGUGCUAUUUUAGUACACUUUUGAACGGGGCAAAAUUUUGGAUGAUUUCAUUUAUGUUCUAUUCGUGUUUCACCCAUGCCAAGGGGCUGAUACAAUGCUCAGAUGAGGCCCUAGGAUCUAUUUUGAAAUCUUUAGAAGCCCAAAUAUUAAAUGAGAAGUAAUACUGGAAUAAUGAACCCCUUUGUCACUGGUUCAGUAUAUAAUUUGAGUGUAAAUUUUGCUCAUUGUUCAUAUCUCAUUGUUCUUAUGUGACUCAGAAAAUUACCUGGCAACUUGUAAAAUAAAAUUGCUCAAUUAUGUAAUCUAUGUUAAACAAUAGAGUAAGAUUUGUGCUAUUAUUUAACUAAGAAAAGUAUGUUAAAUGGCAAGUGAAACCUUCCUUCCUAGUUUGUGAUCUUUGGCAGCCACUUUAAUUAUGUCAUAAACAAGCUCUGAUAGCUGUUGGAAGAAGGUUAUCUUUGUUAAGUAAAAGUUACUUAAUAAGUGCAUUCCUAUGGUAUGAUAUGCACUGGAAUAAAUCACAUGGUUGUUUUUCUUUUUAAUCACACUCCACUGAAAUGCUAGUCUUAUUGAGAAGGUCUUAACCCUUUAACUUCCAUAAGUGACCAAAAUAGAAUUUCUCCCUACAUUAUCAUUACAAUAUCAAGCAGACAAGUGAUGAGAAUGAAGAAAAAUAUCAACUUGAGAAUAAUUAGUUGAUCCAAACCAAAUUCUCCAAACUAACAUAAGUCAGAAUCGUAUGGCAGACAGUAAAGAGAAUUACAAAUGAGAUCUUAGGAGUGAAAAGGUAAAAGCGUUUAGGGUGCCUCCACUUUUCUUGGAAACCCUGUCAUAAAAAACUACUCAUGAGUGGAACUCUCUUUUUUUCAUUCAAGGAGUUGUAUAUGUAAGCAUUGAAGAAGAUGAGGAUGGUUAUAUUAAUUUGACGGCUCACCCAGACAAAUUGGCAUUAGAAUGUCAAAAUAAAGAUGGUUCUUCCAAAUUCAGCUGCAGUACAACUGGUAGUUCCUCAGACAGUGACAGCGGCGGAGAGGAUCUAGUAGAGACAGGUCCAUACAGGUAUUCAAAGUAGUAUAAUGUUCAUGUUGACUUUAGAUUAUCUUUUGUUUAAUAUAAUUUUAGUGGUAAACAUCUGACAUUAAACCUUUCACUUUCAGAAUGCUAAUUACCAAAAAUGGCUCUUUUUAGAGCCAGUAAAGUUCUAAAGUUUUGCACAUUUUUAUUUUCAAAGUCAUUUUGAAUUUGGUACACAGACUUAUAAAUUUUCAAUGACUAGUGUUAAGUUACACAAAUUGGCAGCUCGUUUUACACAUGUUCUUGCAGAUAAGCUACACAAAAAUUUUGGGGAAAAAAGAGCAGCUUUUUUGUGGGUAUUAAUGGCACUUGCUGAAAAUGGUGAAAAUUUAAUUAUCACUCAGUCUCCAAUGAAUGCCCCCUUGACCAAGCACCCACUCUUAAGGUCCAAAAGUUUAGUAAGCACCAAGGGUGCUUGAUCAAUUAAAUAUCAUAUGGUAAGCAGUUGUUUGCAGUCUGCUGACCAUGACCUAAGGUCACCAUUAAAUAAGCUUUAUAAGUACAUUUUGCACUCAUCAUCAACCUUGAAAAGAUUUGAAGCAAUGUGCAACAGUCAUCACUUAUUGGCAUUGGUAUAAACAUUUGAUAUGAUACUCCUAAAUGACAAAGUACUCAUACAACUAGCUGCAAAUUUGUGUUUGUUUCUGCAGGGUGCGACUUCGAAGUGGAAAGCUGGAACUCGUAAGCACUAGGAAGGAUGGAUUCUUUGAUGCAGGAGAUGUGACUGAUCACUCUUCAGGUCAAUAGUUAUUUUUUUCUUAUAUGGUGCUGUGGAACCUUGUUAUCUGGCCACUAAUGUGUUCUUGAAAAUUUGGUGACUAAAUGAUAGAGAAGCCUUAUUGGCCACUGAGAAGCAGCUUACUGCAGUGAGCACUGUCUAAUUAUGGCCACUAUUGACUGGCUGAAUGACAAGGUUCCAUAGCAUGUGCAGUGGAAGCCAAACAGUAAUUUUAAAAAUGUGCUUUCCUGUUGUUUUGGGUGCAGAUUGUAAAUAUGUAAAGAUUUUGAGAUGUGCUGGGAAGUUUGCAAAAUUUUACUUGGGAUUUGAAAGAUUUGGGAGUGGAAAUACAUAAUCCAUCAUCAUCAUCAACUUAAAAAAACCGCAAUGGUUAGUGAUUUGGCUCUCCUGCACUUCUACACAAGCUAUGCAAAUAUACCUAGCUUGUCUCAGACAAAUUUGCUACCAUAUAGUAGCAGCUGAUCUGGGGUGCAGGGAAGGCAUUGGUGGUUGUCAGUAGAAACAAUUGUUUGCUUUACUUCUUUAGAUCAUGCCUCCCACGGGUGGCCUGAGAAUGAAAUCUUCACAAGCUCCUAUACUGGAAGGAACAACAUUAAUGGUAGUAACUUGAUGCCAUUUCACCUUCUCACUCCCAAGAUCUAAAGAUCAUUUCUCCACACUGUCUUUUGUACAUUACCUAUGAGUUAGGCUUGGAGAAUAUGGCAUUCAAUCAAACAGUAUCCCCUCAUUGAUAUUUUUUCUUCUUUCUAAUCACCAUUCUGCUAGAAAAUGUACUCAUAUUGUUAGGAUAAGCUUCUUUUUGGUGGCACGUGGGAGUGAAAGGGUUAACAGAUAAUUCCCCCUAAUUUAAGGGUGGGUUUAUAGCUUAGCCAAGAAAUAUCCAGUGUUUGUUGGGAUUUAUACUUCAAGAGGAAAGAUACAAUUGUGAUCCAUAAUGCAAUGACAGGGAAGGGUCUCACCAAAAGUUCAACAAUGACUGUCUCUUUACUCUUUUCUUUAAAUUUCAGGGAGUGCAGGUGCAAAUCCUUGGAGUUUGCAUUGUCAUAGGGAAGAGGUGAACAAAAUGAGAAAAUUGGGCCCAUCAGCUAAAGUACACAGUAUCCUUUAACAAAUGCAAAGUUAUUUUCUCAGCUGAAGAGUGAGUUCUGACCAUGAAUCAAAGCCAUGAGAGAAAGUCUCCUAUCUAAACAUAAACAGUAUACAUGUCUAUUUUUUUCAAGCUUGGCUCACAUUUGUGAUAUAAUAAUGUACACGAUGACCAUUCCAACACUAUCAUAACAACAUGAAAAAAAAAUAUUUUGCACUGUAUUGAUGUUGAUGUUGAUGUUGAUGCAGUUAUAAUGUUGAUAUACUGUAUCUGCAUGUUCAUGUUAUUAACUUACAACACAUAAACUUCCUUAUGCCACGUUGUUAUGCCAUUCUGUAGUUAGUGCGAACCAUGCUAAUGUUACUCUGUCAUUGUUGUUAUGUUGCCUUUAUGUUCUUAUGCACUAAUACUCACAGUUCUUUGCAACAACAUUGUGACCUUCCUAUGUUGGUAGACAUGUUUAUACCCACCUGUCAUGUAAUCACUGGUGUGAUGACCAUGCUAAUGCAAUCACUUUGAUUUAAAAAGAGCCUGUGAUUGUUCCUUAAACAAAUUGAAAAUGCAGUUACUCUUUUGCAACUCUAUUAGUCUGGUUACAUUGUUGACAACACCACUGCCUCAUUUUCCUUAUUAAAUUUUUUUGAUAUUCAAUUGCUGCAUCUCUUUCUUUUGUUAUAAAUUUACUGUUAAUAAAUCUUGACUGAACUUAGAAUACAUUGUUUUGGAAAAUGUGGCUUACCGAUUUUCUUAUCCUUGUAUUCUGGACUUAAAAAUGGGAACUCGGCAACAUGGAGAUGAUGCAACAGGUGAAAAAAAAGUCAGAAUUAUGGCCAAAGUAGAAAAAUCUACAUCUAAAACUCUUGGUAUAAGAGCAUGUGGCAUGCAGGUGAGUUUUGUAAUUUGCUUUAAGCACAGUGACAUAUUUGUUGACUGAAAAGUACUUUGGCCUCACCAGUGAGAGUCAAAUCAUAUUGAUGUACAUGUAAUAUUCUUGAAUCUACCAUUGUGUUUUGAGAGCAAAAUUGAAAACUAAAUGAACUUCAGCAGUCAUUCAUCCAUCCAUUCAUAGUUGUACUCCAAGUGCGAACUUGUAGUCAAAGGAGCUAGUGGUACCUUGCAGAUAACUAAGUUUCAAAGUUAAACAUAAGAUUUGUUUCAGCCAGUUUUGUGUGACAGCUGGCAGCAAAUAUCAGUUGCCCUUUUCUUGGUUGGAAGCAUGAAUAACACAUGUCUUAUCAUAUUUCAUUCAAAGACAAUGUGUCCCCUUUUUCAACUGUUAGCAUUCAUGGAAAUACGGUAACUAGAUUUGCAUCUUGUAAUUUUUUCCUCUGUUUCAAGGUGUACAAAAAGAAUUCAGGAAAAUUUAUGUGUCGCAACAAAUACCAUGGACUUAAGCUGCAUGAGGAAGGCUUCAAACAGGAAUUGAUAACUUUCCUGCACAAUGGACUACAGUUUAGAACAGAGCUAAUAGAACCUUUGCUUCAGAGGCUUCGGAAGUUGUACAAAGUGAUUGAGAAGCAACACUCAUACCGUUUCUACUCAAGCUCCUUGUUGUUAAUGUACGAAGGAGACAUGGAAAAUACAGGUGAAACAACAAACAGUUGUAGUUGUUCUACAAAAGAGAGAGAAAAAUGCCAAAGCAAUCAGGAGGCACUCAGCAGCAAUAACAGCUGUAGUAAUUUAAACAAUAUCUGUCAGUGCUUCAGUCAUCGCUGCAAAGUGGAUGUCCGAAUGAUUGACUUUGCACACACAACACACAGUGGGUUCUCUGGGGACCGUACGCGUAGCGGACCUGACACAGGCUACUUGUUUGGGCUCGAGAACUUGAUAAGACUUCUAGAGGAAAUCCAAGAAAAUUACCAUGAUUCUCUAGACACCAGUCUUGAUCCUAGUCCAUAACAAUCCUUAUUAAAGUUACAAUAUGAGAAUAUCAGCAAAACUCCUUAAUCCUAAUUAAUGUUAAAUCCCUGCCCCUAAUUUGUUGCGUUUGUGGGUGGCUUCCUGAUCCCCUCUCUCAGUGGUAACUUUUGCAGUCCUAACCCCAUCCCUAGUGAGGCUGCUUAUGUUCAUAUUCUGGCUUUGGUAUAUUUUAGUGCAUGUAGGUUUGUACCAAAAAGACAAAAUUCUGUUGAAUGCUGGUAGUAGGUGCAGAAUCACUUGAUAUGCAGAGGAAAACUAUUUUAUAAGGUUUUGGUCUGUACAUCGAAUGUGAAAAAUGAUCAUAUAUUCUGCAAGAUUUUAUCCAUGUGCAUAACAUUUCUUGGUGUGACUGGCCAGAUAGGAAAAGUUGGAAAAUACUUGUGAUGAAAUAAACAAAUUAUCUAUUUAUAUCAAUGCACAAAAUCAUUUUUUAAUAAUUCAGUUGAAAUUAAAGCUUAUGAAAACAAAAUGGAAUAUUCAUAUUAGUAAGUAUACAUUUACUUAAAGAAUAAUACUUGUUUUGAUUCACCAAAAGAAUCUUUGCACAAGGGAACUUAGCAAUACCUUUUCUAUAUUCUGUUCAUUAUGAAAAAGAGAUGUUGUGCUUUCAUUAAAGUGGCAAUUCUCAGUUUGUAGAAUAUAUUGUCGAAAACUAUGAAAGUGGAAGUGGUGAAUGUUACAAUACCACUGUUAUAACUAGGGUCACUUACUAAAUUACCCUUUACCUAUCACAUUGUGCAGGACAAAUAAUGAUUCCAGCUGAAUUUAAUUGUGACACACAGUGUCUUGGAUCAAAAUUUUGGGAUUCAUUGCUCCUGUUGUAGAAUCAAAUCACUCGGUUUUGUGUAAGUGCCUUUUUGUAACAGCAGUUGCACUGUAAACACGGAAAUUAUUCUUAAUUUUAAGUGGAUCAAUCAUGUAAUCUCCAGGCUCUUUAAUUCCCAAGGAUUUUAACAUUAUUAUUGCUAAUUAUUUCAGAUUAUAUGGGGUUACAGCAAACAUGGGUUCCUUUUUGCUGUUUAUGACAACUUAGUUCAGAUGAAUUAAAGAGAAACCUAUCAUAAGUAUUUAUUUGUCGUUAUUUUGCACAAAUUAAAAUGGAGUAACGGAGUUAACAAAUGUUUAAUCUCAAUCUGUGAAAUACUUGUUAUUUUACUAUUGCACAGUGAUUCCUCAACUUAAUAAUGAAAAAUUAGGUCUGUGUUUUGGUAAAAUAAUGGUAAUAUUUAUUGACAUUGCGAUGCGACGUAGAGAAAACCGUCAUUGGUCUUAUCUUGCAUGGUAGAACCAAUUUUUUUCUACCAAUUGUAAAUACACCUAUGUUUUAGGGACAUUGCACAUGUUAAGGAGAAGCAAAUCUAAGAAAUUUAAAGACACUGGAAAAUUAUUUUAUAUUUUAAGCUUGAGGUUGGAUUUAAAACCACCUGGAGUAUCUAUGGUGAGAUUUUA